GAAGAAGAAGAGCUUGGUUUACAGACAAAAAGGCUCUCGGGAGUACACAGAGAGACGGAGAGGGAAUGUUUCUCCCUCUGUCAGCAGAAAACUGAUGUGCAUCACCUUCACCCAGCUGUUACUCAAUGAUGCCGCUUGCACAGAGGUCACUUGCCAGCUCUUCCAAGAUGCAAACCAAACUGAGCUCCUGGACACCUCUGAACCACGCUCCCUCCAACAGCAAGGUGUUUGAAGAAAGGAGGAAACUUCUGGCAAAGUGGAUUGACAGGUGGAGUGACAGCCAGAGGAGGGCGGUGCUGCAGGACCUGGUGCUGAGCUGUUCUGUGGAGCAGCUCCUCUUCCUCAGCCUCAGUGUGAGCAGACGGCUCCCCCUGCAGGCGGCUGACUUCACCUGCCUGCUGCCCCGGGCCCUCUGCCUCUACCUCUUCUCCUUCCUGGACCCCCGCAGCCUGAGCCGCUGCGCACAGGUGAGCUGGUGCUGGAGGAGCCUGGUGGAGCUGGAUCAGCUGUGGAUGCCAAAGUGUGUGAGGCUAGGCUGGUGCCUCACUUUCACCCCGACCCCUCUGGAGCAGGGGGUGUGGAAGAGACUCUACAUCCACUCUGUGCAGGAGCUGAGGCUCACCUCACUGCAGGCCUCCUCCCCCCAGCAGCAGUCGGUGGCUCCACAUGUAUCCUCCAUCAGCAGCAGACCUGAAGAUCUGUCAGAAGUCUUCAUCAGUGAGGAGGGUGCGGCCUCCAGCAGCCAGCCUACAGGAAGCAUCUCCAGGACAGGGUUAAGAAAGGAGAAGCAGCCGGCUGCCCCCCCACCCUGGAGAGACUCUGACAGACAUCCUGCAGACAUUCUGCGCUUUAACUACCUUGACAACCUGGACCCCUCUGAGCAGGCCCUGAACAUGCGGAGGUCCCUCAGAGCCUCCACCUGCCGCAGCAACACACCGAAGCCAGGCGGCGGGGACCAGAAAUCCCUGUCUGAGAGGCACUACAAACUACGCAAAGCCAAAUCGAUGAUGUUCCUCAGCUCCAACAGCAGACCCGGAAAUCCUCCUCCUCCUCCUCCUCCUCCUCCUCCUCCUCCUACUCUUCCUCUUCCUCCUCCUCUUCAUCAUGAGACUCGACCCUCUUGGGCUUCUCCCAGUCACGACAUCCCCGUAACCAAGGAGACCAUCAGCAGCCUGCUGCGCCUGGCCCAGUGGAAUGCUGGGAUGCGCCCGGGGCCGGUGAGGUCGGCGGUGCCCCGGCUCAGGGAGGAGGCGCUCAGGGCGUCCCAGCGCUCUCACAGGAGCCCCCCCAGUAUUCCCCUGUUUGAGAUUCAUCACUGGACUGUGCCUUUUUCAAACACACACGGGUGAAGUUCAACGCCAACAUCAGGAAGACGUCAAAGCUCCGCCAAAGGGUGGACUUUAUAUAUUUCUAACAUUUAAUGCCGCAUACAACUGCAAUCUCUUGGCAUGGUAUUGAGUAAGCACAGCACUACUCGUCAUUUUAAAUCACUAUACACUUUUUGACUAUGUGAAAAGAAUUACAGAAAAGGGUUGACAGAGAACAAUUUAGGGGGAAAAAAACGAAAAUCAAAUCACUCAUGAACAGAAAAAUGAUCUUAAAGGAGACAAUGCGUACACAAUCUAUAUAUUCUAUACACAAACUGAGGAUUUGCUGCUUUUCUUUAACUUAGUCGAAACGUUUUAAAUAUUGGCUUCUGCAUUGAAUAGUUCUUUUCCUUAUUACCUUAAAAACAUUGGAUCAAAAAUACUAUAUAAACUCACAUCAAAACCUAUUUAAAUUUUGAGGUAAAAU